UAGUGCAGUAGCAGUGAUCUUGCUGUUGGUGUGGAAGGUUGUGUUCUCCGUUCCUCUCGCAGUUUUAAGGUCGGUGGGCAAUGUUUCUCCCUCAAAUUGAGGACAAUAUGCAUUUCAAACCGAGUCGGGACAGGUUCUACACUACGCGAUGUUGCGGAUGUUGCCAUGUCAGGACGGGGACCAUCAUUCUCGGCACUUGGUACAUGGUGGUGAACCUGUUAAUGGGGAUCCUGCUGACCGUGGCCGUGACUCACCCGGACAAUGUCCCCACCGUCGACCUGCAGUAUGAAGUCAUCGAGCACUACUUCGCCUCGGACAGGAUGGCAGAAAACGCCUGCGUGGGGUUCGCCAUCUCCUUGCUGAUGUUCACUAUCAGUGCCAUGAUGGUGUACGGAGCCAUUACUCACCGUGAUGGCUGGCUCAUUCCGUUCUUCUGCUAUCAGCUGUUUGACUUUGCCCUGAGCUGCCUGGUGGCCAUCAGCUCUCUCACUUACCUCCCCAGGAUCAAGGACUACCUGGACCAGCUGCCCGACUUCCCUUACAAAGACAACCUUCUCUCCCUGGACUCCAGCUGCCUGCUGCUCAUCGUCCUCAUCUUCUUCGCCUUCCUCAUCUUCCUCAAGGCUUACCUGAUCAGCUGCGUGUGGAACUGCUACAAGUACAUCAACAACAGGAACCUGCCCGAGAUUGCUGUGUACCCAGCCUUUGAGACCCCGCCACAGUAUGUCCUGCCCACCUACGAGAUGGCCGUGAAAAUGCCCGAAAAGGAGCCACCGCCCCCGUACAUGCCGGCAUAAAGCCCCGCCCACGUGGCCUGUACAUAGUCACAUCCUGCUUGCUGUUUUAACCUUGCAGUACCUUUCUAGAGAUGAGGUCAUCCUGGGACCUCUGGUAAUACUUGGAUCUUUGGAACCGCACUCCCUGCAGAAGUGAGAGGGGGGAGACUUAAGAAGAAAGCCUCUUUAGAGACGGAAUAGCAAGAUGCGAAAGUGGGCUUUUUGGAUAUUUCAUUUCUGUCCCUUACCUUCUUUCCUGUCUGUUUUGAUGUCUUAGUAAAAAGAUAUUGUAACAUUAACAUCGCUUGAAUGCUGACUAUGAAUCUAUUUUUAGAAAACCAUUCUCUUGUCAAAUGAAUAUUUAUAGGUAUUUAAAAGGAAUCUCAUAGACAAUCUGUUUUGACGCAUUAAAACGAUGCCAUUUAACUCUUCAUUUUGCCUUUUCUGGUUUUAAAUGAGAUUUGCUUUUUGUUUUUAUUGAAGUGUGGUACCCCUUUGAACUGAUUUCCUUUCCUCCUUUAUUUGCACUUGUUUCCUCAGAUGUGUUGGGCCUGUUUCUGUACAUGUGCCAUGCUCAUCCCCGCAGCCCGCGUGUUUCUGGGUCAGCGUGCGGGCGCACGCUCCUCGAUUGACCCAGAGCACAGGGGGACGCGCUAAUAUUGUAAUAAUCAGUGGAUGCAUGCUUCUUUCUUUGGUCGUGUUCUGUUCCUUGU